AUGAAUACCACCUAAACGAUUUUUAGAAAUUCGCAAAAUUUAGAAAAUGCUCCUCCCUAAUAAAAGGGUUGUCCCGAAAUAAUACCUGGUUUAAGAGCCUAACCAAUAUGGACAAACUAAGAUUUAACUUGGAUAACUUAAAUAGAAACUCAUUUUUAAGAAAUAAAAGAAGAAGUAUUAUCUUUGAGAAACUAAAAAGGAUUCUAACCAUAUAGAGGGCCAUCUUGGACUUCAAAUAUAAAGCCAGAUGAUGGAGUUGGUAGAAAAUCAACUGAUUAAGGAGAUUGGAAUGUUUUUUAUUUAUAUCUUCAUAAUUUAGAGUUCACAGAAAAUUGUAAAAAAGUACCCAAAAUUAUGAAUCUUAUAGUAAAUAUGUUUCCUCGUCAUUACUGUCAUGCCUUUAUUUCAGCUAUGUAACCAAAUACUCAUAUAUUAAAACAUAAUGGUCCAACAAAUAAAAAGUUAAGAUUUCAUAUGCCAUUAAUAGGAGUAAAAGAUAGUAGAUUAAGGGUUGGAGAACAUAUCAUUGAAUAAUAAGAAGGAAAAUGUUAUGUAUUUGAUGAUUCUUUUGAACAUGAAGCAUGGCAUAAUGGGCCUGAAACUAGAAUUAUAUUAAUUAUAGAUAUUUGGCAUCCAGAUUUAAGUAAUUAAGAAAUCAAAUUUCUUUCUCUAAUAUAAAAUGCAAAAAUGAAAUUUGAAAAAUAAAUUAGCGAACUUGAUAAUGAUAAUUUUUAUAAAAUAAUAGAAAUGAGUAAAAGUUUAAUUGAAAAUAAUGACUGGUGGAAUAUAACUGAGCAAAAUAUUUUGUGA